CGGUUCAAAAAAUUUCAAACCCACCGACCCCAACGGCAACUCCGGAACUCCCCAUCUCCCCACUUUCCCCACUCCAUCCCCUCGUCUCCGCGACUCCGCCGUUUCAUCAAUUGAAGGCUUCACGCUCCUCGUCCUCGAUCUCCCCUCUCCCACGACGCUCGCGGCCAUGGAUCCCCACCCCACCCCCUUCCCAGGGAAGCGGCGGUCGGUUCCCGCGCCGGCCGGGCCUGCGGUGAAGGUGGCAGCGGCGCCCAAGCCCAAGUCUAUCGCCGCGGUGCGCGCGGCGAGGAUGGCCAAGAGAUCGCCGACCGGCAACGCCAACGCCGCCCCGCUGCCACGUCCGCCACGGCGCGCGUUUGGCACCAUCAGGAGCAGCAACGCCCCGGCCGAUAAGCCACCGCCGCCGCAGAAGCCUGUGAAGGUGUCACCUCCGCCGCUGCAGAAGCCCUCGAGGGUGUUGCCGCCGCCGCCGCUGCAGAAGGCUUCGAAGCUGUCGCCGACGAAUCCGGUCAGGGCGACGAAGCCAUCCAGGCCUGUGGCAAAGCCCCUGAAGAAAGCCGCCCCGGGUGCGGAUUUGGAGGCGAAGGCCAGGAAGAUGAGCCAUCGAGUGAGCUUCAAGGACGCCGCGCCUGUGGACCUCAGAAGCGGAGAGAAGAUGAAAGCUUCCACCUCCGACGCGGCUGGGCACACACCGAUGGGGGCUAUGAAAGCCGUGGAGAAGCCAGCUAAGGUAGUGGCUGCAGAGACGCCGUUCUUUAGCGCGCAGAAUUGCAGCAGCUGCACGCUCAACCAGCUUGAGUCGUCCACGUACUGGUUGGCGCAGAUCCGUCUGGCCGAGUCUGUUGGAAAGCACUGGGUUGCUGCGGCGUUCUUUCGCCUUGCAUUUGAGUGCCAAGCUCAGCCAAUUCACAGGAUCCAAAGUGAGCUCAGGAGUUACAGUGUGCGCCAUGAGAGUGCUGGCACUUUGACCCCUUUGUUCGAUGAGCUUCUCACUGCCCAUGGCAUGCCGGUGAACCAACCAAAGUUUGACACUGAUGGUUUUGAGAGGGUGGAGACACCUUUCACAACAAAUGAAGUAGACAAAAAGCUUGACACUGAUGCCUUUAAAGUAUAUGAGUGCUUGGAAUCUGACUGUGGUGAUCUUAUUGAUGUGGGUGCUGUCAUUGUUGACAAACAUGGUGAGGACGGAAUGGACCAACCGAGCUUUGAGAGGAAACUGGACGAAAGUUUUGAGUUUGAUGACUGUGAGGCUGUAAUUGUGGACGGGCUAGAUGAAGCAAACUUUGAUCUACAAAAGAAUGUCGAGGUGAAAGUUCCUUGCAGCAGUGAAAUAGUCCAGUCAGCAUGCAGAUCCUCCAUUGAAAUGUCGAGUCCUAGAGGAUCUAUAGUAGUAAUGGAUUCUUCUUCAGGACGGCUCUCGUUGGAUAACCCUUUAGAUAUAUUGUCUCCCAGCAUGAGGAGUUCAUAUGCAGAGCGCUUAUCUUCUGGUAGCCCUUUUGACUUGAAGUCUCCGUUGUCGUCGAAGAAGCUAACAUCCAGUUGCCCUUCUUAUAAGAAGUCUGCUUCCAUUAGAGACCUGUCUUCAAAGCGGAUGCCAUCUGUUAGCCAUUCUGAUGGGGAGCACAAUGCUACUGGCAGAGCUGCUGAACAUCAUAGCAAAGUGACUCAAGACGUGGCAUCUGAGUCUCCUGCUUUAGUUGAUCAUCUCGAGUCAAAAGGACCAGUGGAGGAUGCUGCCAAUAAUGAGAUCCAUUAGCAGCUGGAGCUGGAGUCAAGACUCAACACAACCGCAAUAGUUACUGUGUUAGGUUGGUUGGCGUGUGCUUGUAUAUGUAGUCCAUUAUUAAUCUGGAGCUUGCUUAGUUUGCUUCGGUCUGGGAGCAGGAUCAUAUGUGUGCUUGCUUCUGCUUAUGGUUUUUCUUUAACCAGUCCAAGAACAUACGUGUGAACCUUGGUCAUGCUCAGAUGACCUUUGUGAGAUUGUUUAGUUUAUCGUUUGUAUGCUUGCUUAGCAUAACUGGGUUGUGGCCUCUCUCUGUAUGAUGCGGAAAUCAAUCAAACCUUUGGGAAUAGACUU